GGGGGGGCGGGCUCGCGCUCGCGCUCGCGCUCGCGGGGACGAAGGCGGUCAAAUGGCGACCGUUAGUGAGCUGAAGGGCGUUCUGAAAGAGACCUUGGAAAAGAGAGGUGUACUAGGCCAGUUGAAAGCCCGAAUUCGAGCAGAGGUUUUUAGUGCUCUUGAUGAUCAGAGUGAGCCACGGCCACCACUCUCCCAUGAAAAUCUUCUUAUUAACGAACUUAUCCGCGAAUAUCUUGAGUUUAAUAAAUACAAGUACACUGCAUCAGUGCUGACAGCAGAAGCUGGCCAACCUGAGAUACCCUUAGACAGACAGUUCCUAGUGAAUGAACUGAAUGUAAUUGAAGAUUCAAGCACAAAAACUGUGCCUCUACUAUAUGGAAUCCUAGCACACUUUGUAAAUGAGAGCAAAGAGGAUGGAGUUAAAGCUUUGAUUAGAGGUGCAUCUAUGCCUAAUCUAAAGAAAACGACCUUAAAGCAACCAAAUGAGAAACGUAGCUCAGAUGACUUGCCUGAACCUGGAAGAUUAGCUGGAAGAGGCUUUGAAGACCACUUUGUUCUUCGAGGUGGACAUUGAUUACAGUUGACUUUCCUUUACUUGUAUGUUACGCAACACCUCGCAGUUUGAUUAGCUGUAAAGGUAAAUUUAUCCUGAUAGUGUCCUACAAAGUCAUUUGGUGCUCUGGUGCCCUGUUCAAUUCUUUUUUUUUUGUUUUUUUCUUAAAUUGGCAUUAUAUGUAGCUUCAUUUAGAAGAUCUGACCGUUGGCGAACUACUGAUGAUGAGAACGGCAUCAGAUCGCUAUGGAACAGCACUAGCAUUUGUACUGCAAGCAGAUGCAUUAAAUGAUAUUUGAUUCAGAGUUUUUAAUGUAAUGAUAUGCCUGUUAUCUGAGGUUGUAUUGUUAUUUUUGCCACCUGUAUUAUCAAUUAUUUUCCUCCUGUUUAUUUUCCUCUAAUAAAAACUGUGCAUACAAUUUGGUUACAACAGUAACAGGUGACAUUGACCAAUUUUCCUUGUAAAUUUAUAUGUUAAAUGUUGGUGUCCAGGGCCAGCAGUCUUAUUUUUCUCCAAUGUUUAGUUCUUCAUUUCUUUUUAAAUUAGUUUAUUACUGUUCAGCCUAUUUCAAGCUGGCCAACCUUUGGGGCUAUCAGGAGUGAGCCCAAACACAUAUAACUAGGUCAGUUGAACAUGUUGGGCAUGCAUUGAUGCCACUAACUCCACAACUGCAGAAUGACUAUUAUCUGAAAAUAUUUUGUCUAUUGUUACAUUUUUAUAUCCAUAUUUGUUGUACAAUAUUUUGUACAUAAAUGUAAUUUUUGUCAAUGCUGUUUCAAUAUUGCUUUAUUUUAACUCCCUUUUUAAAAAUUUUUCUACACUAUUCAGUAGCUGGGCAGAUCUGGGUAUUAACAGGUCUGAAGACUACAUUUAACUACAUUAAAGGUUAUACAAAUGCAAAUUGUAGUGGAAGAUGUCUAUUAAGGACGAAAGGUUGUUGUAAUUUCUCCCUCCUAAUGGUUGCCUUGUAUAACAAUUAGUGAUUAAAGUUCACUUUAAUGGUCCCUGGGACAAGAGCACCAUUUAUUUUGUGAUGUGGUACAGAUAUACUGCACUUGAUUAGUCAACUGAACUUUAGCCAUAUAAAGCUCAGUAUGUUUAAUAUAUAUCCAAAUUCCUGUUGAGGUCGUUCACCGCCCAAGUCCAAAAGCACUAAAGCAGAAUACAGUACAUUGGUCAGUUUUUGUUAACUUGGAUAUCUGGUCCCAAAUUGGGUGAAGUUGUGCAGUUUUGACUUUGCUGCUAAGAUGUUCAGUUUGACAGGGUAUGUGUUCCACCUUCCUCUGGUUAAGAUUUCGUCUCUUUCAUCCUCAAAGACACUGCAAUGAUAAAAAGCACUCCAAGCUUCGUGCUAUGUUCCAGAAGCAUUUCAUCUAUGUGAGAAGUAACUGUUCGAAGACAUUUAUAGAACUCUCACUUUCGAAAUGACUAUUCAACCUAUUUAAUUUCAUUAAAACGGCAAAAGUU